AUUUACACAGUGGAAUGUCCCACACCUUCACUUGAAGGUUAAGGUCCCCUAACAAAGGUUAGACUGAAGCAACCUGGUUGCUGUUGGAUUGAUAAGGGCCCUCCCUGUAUUCUGUAAAUGCAGUGCACUGGACAUGCUUUGGUUAGACUGCCCUUUUGCUCUGGUUUAGAGAGCACAUUCACAACAGUCCCAAGCAAUUGUGCAUGUCAUGAAUUAGGCUUGGGCAGUAUACCAUAUGCCAGGGUAUUUGGAAAAAGCCAAGGGAUGGUUUUUCAAUACUGUUUUAUACAUUUUAAUAUUUGUAGAUACUUUUGAAGUAAAUACCUGCAGUCAACUUGUGCAAUACUAUAGGAGAUAAAGAACAUUGCGUAAUAUAGUUAUCCUGUCACAUUUUUAUGAAGCUUACGGUAGUCCCUAGUCACGUGUCACAUGGUGUUUGUUUACAAGCAACUACGACGAGAGAUCGGAGCUUUGUGAGUCACUCACUGUUGUGCAGCAUGCGCCAGGGGAUCUAAUUACACUAUGGAAUUCACAACUAAAUGUUUGCCAGCUAGAUAUCUUAUAACGUAUGUUAACAGUCUAAAAUGUGCAAAAUGUCUGCAGUUGUGCAUUUGGUGUGUAAAUUUAGUAGCUAGUUAGCUAUCUAACUAAGUGGUUAGCUUAUUCCAAAAUCAAGCAUUAGCUUGGUAGCAGCAGAGAAUCACAUCCUGGAUCAAGAGCCUUGCUGGAAAAUAUUUGUUUUGUGUGCAACAAAAUGAGCAGUGCACUGGUUCACCCGUUGUGCUGAAGGUGGUGUAUGACCCGAGCUAUGCUGAAAGGACAUGAAUGUUUUUCUGUCUUCCCCAUCUGUUUACUGCGUGUCACACUGAAGAGGAGGCGGCGUGAAAGCGAGGCUAAGAUGGUGGACCGGCUGGCGAACAGCGAGGCCAACUCCAAGCGGAUCCAGGUAGUCGAGGGCUGCUUCGGCGCAGCGGGCCAGCCACUGGUCAUACCGGGCCGCGUACUCAUCGGUGAGGGUGUGCUCACCAAGCUGUGUCGCAAGAAGCCCAAGGCGCGCCAGUUCUUCCUGUUCAAUGACAUCCUGGUGUACGGCAACAUUGUCAUCCAGAAGAAGAAGUACAACAAGCAGCACAUCAUCCCGCUGGAGAGCGUCACCAUCGACACGGUGGCUGAUGAGGGCGACCUGCGGAACGGCUGGCUCAUCAAGACACCCACCAAGUCCUUCGCCGUCUACGCCGCCACCGCUACCGAGAAGUCAGAGUGGAUGAGCCACAUCGGCAAGUGCGUGGGCGACCUGUUGGAGAAGAGCGGCAAGGCGCCGACUGGCGAGCACGCCGCCGUCUGGAUACCAGACUCAGAGGCCACCCUCUGCAUGCGCUGCCAGAAGAUCAAGUUCACGCCCCUCAGCCGCCGCCACCACUGCCGCAAGUGCGGUUAUGUGGUUUGUGGCCCGUGCUCUGACAAGAAGUUCCUGCUGCCCAGCCAGUCAUCCAAGCCGGUGCGUGUGUGUGAGUUCUGUUACCUGCAGCUGGCCUCCGCAGGAGGGGGGAUGGGCUUAGGCCCACGCUCGGACUCCUACAGCCGGUCAGGGUCAAAGUUCAACAACGUGUCGGACGACGAAGAUGAGGAGGACAGCAGUGACUGAGGAAGGCCCUCCUGACAGCCUUCCAUAUUUUCCCCUUUUAGUAAUCAAUUAGCAAUAUUCCACUAAUAAUUAUCGUUUUUUUUUUUUGCCCUCCACAGCUUAAAAAUACCGUAGGAAGAUUAAUUCAUUGGACAGCAGUGUUUUGAAGAAACAUUCUCUUUUUUUCUUCUAGCUGAAAUAAAUGUUUUUUUAAUGAUAAUAUAGUGAAAUGCGUGAUGGGAAUUGUAGUAAGUUCGGUAAAAAUAUCCCUCCGACUAUUUGUAGAUUGUCUGCUUCCUGUAUGGCAUGCUCCACAGUCCAUCUUCUUUGUUCUCCAUUAAACAGUGGACCUCACUACAGGAGCGAAUGAUGCAAGGAGUAAUGUAGCUCCUCUGCUAAUGUCAUCCUCUCUUCAAUUACAUUCUUGAUUUCAUUUCCCCUUAUAUAAAAAAAUUCCCGUUUUUUUUUACCAAUGAACCUUAAGAGGUGUGUGUACAUGCCUCAAUGCUGAUAUUUCUGCGGGGAGAGGUGAUAAGCAUUCAGUCAUACUUUACAUAGUCUUGCCUACCCCUUUAAAUAUUUCAGGUAAAAUACCUGUAGGUGCUUUUUUUUCUAGGUUUGUAACCGCUUCAGUAUUUUCUAACAUAAAUAACCCCUCCUUAACUAACCUCUCAAAUGAUUACAGUAUCAAAGCCAGAAACGUAAAUAGUCUGAUCUGUUGUCUGUUGAUUUGUCUUUUGUAGUUAUUUGCUAAUGACAAAUCGGCUAUAGCUUUAUGAUUGUAUGGUGAAGCUCCUCUAGGUGUGUAUGUCUUAGCAUACAGUGGUGGCCAACUUUCAGUUUUGAAGUUGAAGAGUUUUUCUCCACAGCUUAGCUUGUAAUAGCAUGUAUUUGAAAUGCACAUAGUCAAUCAUCCCAAAAAUGUACCUCACACAGACCUUAAUUUUCACACAGUGCCUUCUGAGAAAGUGAGUUGUCUGGGCAGGCCUGUUUUAAUGAGAUAUUGCAUCAGAGUAGACCCUAGUACUGGAACUUCUGUUUUGAGGCUGUGUUCUGUCGGUAUAACCCUAAGCUGAAUAAUGGCCAUAGGGAGAAGUUUGUGUGAUCAUUGUGUCGGUGUCUGUAGAUGCGCUAGAAAGCUUUACUUCAGAUAUUUUUUACUAAAUCAUAGAAGAAAACAUGCACCUAAAAAUAUUGUUAUGCUUUAUAGAGUACUGUCCAGUGUUGGAGAUGGGGUUUUGUUCAUCUAGAGUAUUUGGCAAGUUUCUGGAUGGAGUUUCCACUGAGUGCCUCUAGAGUGCUGUGAGAGCAGAAACUUGACCUGUGAUGAUCAGGAAAUCAGCCCAUUGUCUUAUUGUGGUCUCCUCAGUGUGACUGCUUCCUAACCUGCCCUCAAAGUUCCAGGGUAUCCUGACCUGUCAGAAAAUAAAGCUGAACUGAACUUGCCUGACCACAGAGAACGGGAUAUCAUUGCAUAACGUACAGGAAGUGUCUACCAUCGACUUCUUUCCGAGGAACCGAGACCAUCCCUGUCACUCUUCCAACUGAGCUUCCCUAUAAGGUAUGGACAGUCUGUGUCAGCUGACGCUGACAUGUGAAAGGCUUGUUGGAGGACCAACAAUGACCUACCCGCAACCACCAUCACUUUUUCACGCUGUGAAGCAAAUGUGAAAUGCACUAACCAUUUCAGGUUUUACACUCUGGGCCAGACAGAUCUAAUUCACUUUGUCUAGGCAUAGUUUAUCUUCCUGUGUUUCCAUGGGAAUCCUUACUCUCCUUUUUAAAGCAACUUGUUUUUACACUUAAGCAGUCAGGUUCACAGGUGGCAUAGACUUGGAACUAAUUUGCAGUCUUUCAGUGUAAUAUGGAACGUUUAUCCUGAGAAGUGUGUGUGUGUGUGUGUUUCAGAGUGACAGAACUGGCAAAAGGGAUAAUUUCUUUCCUUUUUAAAAAUGUUUCGCUUCUCUAAGAAGUAACUGUAGAACCCUAUAAAAGUCCAUCUCUUUGGCAAGCAAUAAGACAUGAGACAAAUCUCCUACCCUGUUGUCUCUGAUUAUCAGGUUGUAUUGUUGAAGAAGCAGAUGCUCAAAAUACUACAUCACUCACUCCAUUGAAGGUUUAGCAUUAUACUCACUUAAGCAAGUUUUGCUGUUGAUCCUACUUAUAGAUAUUGGGCACAUCUAUAUUAACUCAAAUCCUACCAUAAUCUGUAGUUUUCUUAAUCAACACGUUUGUUUUUCUUCUUUCACCUCACUUAAUGAAUAUUUUGAAAUGACUUUGUUUUAAUCCUGUUGAUUUUGUAUAUUUGUAUAGUGUUUGGGGUUUGUUUUGUACAGUAUACUAUGUAGUUAUACAAAUGCCGCUGUUUCAGGUCUCUUGUGCUCGUCUCACCUUCAUGUAUGGACCGGAUUAAACACCAGCACUUUACUCUCUUUCUCUAGAGAGAGGUCGUAAACAAGAGCUACAGUGCCCCUGAGACCGUAGACUGACAGGACUGGAUUUCCUGUAUGAUAUCACCUCAUGAGAGUGAGCUAGGGGGACCAACACAACCUGAUAUUUAACAUUGUACACCCAUUAAGCAAAAAUGAUGUCUGAACACAGAACUGAGGGAACAAUGUGAGAUUUCUGAGAGAGAGCAUACCAUACUGUUUUGAGUUUGUUUUCUUUGCCUGUUUAUCUGGUGUGGUCUGUUAACCACUCAAGUCUCAUGGAAUUGAAGUUCUCUCGAUUGUUAUCGGGUGACGUUUUGUCUUCUCUCAGAUUUAGAUUUUUCUUGUCAUUUAAAUUCUCGUUUAAAAUGUCUUUAAAGGGCUUAAACCUGAAUGUAAUACAGCAUAUCAUCGUUAGAUACUAAUUUUCUCUGAAUUGAAAUAUAUAUGUAUAAAAUAUAAAUAACAUAUUGCCUAAAA